AUCUCAAUUAGAAUUUAGAAGAGAGGUGAGAGAGAGAACACUCCUUGAGCUCCACCCAUAUCACAGCAACACUCUUGUGAAACUAAUUCCUGGCCACGUACAUGGCUUCCCAUAGUGUUGUAAGAUCCAAGAGACUGAUGCACCGUGCAGCCUCUUAUGGAGAAAGAGGGAGCCUUUGCUCACUAUCUCAUCUCCAAAACUAUGAAUAUCUCCGAAUCCAACCCCAAGGUAACUUCAAAGAACAUCAUACUAACAACAUGGGACGUGAAAAGGGUACAAAACGUGGCACAAACCGAGGUAGACAACAAGCACAAAAGCUUCACAGGUUGGGCUUCUCAUACCUUGCAUCUUCUUUUCUUUACAUAGUCAUAAAGGUUAAAGCCUUCUACAAUGGAUUCCUUGGAGAAGUUUCUGGUGAGGCAAAAACAAUGAGCAUUGAAGCACCAAUGACUACUGAGACAUACUUCUCAGUGCCAGUUCUUCCAAAUUAAUACAGUUCCUCCCUCAGUAGGGGCAACAUGCAUGUUCUCAUGUCUGGUUCACUACUAUGUUGGAGCACAUAAAGCAGAAAAUAAAAAAUGUCCCGAGCGUUUAUAUUAUUAAAAUUGAGUAGAAAUUUGUAAGCGGGUUCUGACUGGAGUUGCACUUCUAUGGGCAGGUUUCUUGAGAAGUUCCCUGCUGGAUUAUGAAGUAAAAAUACAUUUUUAGGGAACUAAUUGUAAUGAUGUAAUAAAUAAAAGUUGAGCAAAUGUUAUGUUGUUCUACAUAUUGGUGACUUUUUUUUGCCAAAAAGUUGCUGAUGUGCUAAUUAACUACAUCAGUAUAUGUGUGUUAAUUAAGA